UCUUUCAUCUCUGCUCUUCUCCUGACGUUGCGGAACGUUGGUGAGAUCACAGAGUCUGCUGAGAUGUUACUCCGUUUCAGAUAUGCAGAACAAUUUAAUAACCGGAAGUCUAACAACUUAUUAACUUUUGCUCCUGAUAGUAUGCCUUGUCCAGACCAGGCUCGCAAAGAUGAUACCGCUACGCCCUCUGUGUGACAGCCGUGUAAUGGACAGAUAUAUCAGAGAAGCGAAGGAUCUCCUGAAAGCACCGUGUAACCGGAUAUUUCAAUUUCCUAAUGCAAUUCCUCUUCCAAAUACUGGUCUUAAUCUACGAACAUGGAGGUCCAAAAGUAAACGUGUGAAAAACGAAGAAAUUAAGGCAGGCCUUAUUAUGCUUUCUAAUGCAACACAGACAGCAAAACAUUUUAUCACUAAUAAUUCCACAGUGCCUCUCUUAGAUAAGAUUUACAGGAAUACUAGGACCUUUAUUCACCUCCUACAACUGAUGAAUGUGCCGGACACAUCAAACCAGCUGUAUGGACAUACAAAGCCAUUUAUGGGAAGAACUCUCCAAAAUGUAUUAUACACAUACACUCGCUUGAUGCAUGGGAAAAUCAAUAUCUUUUACCGAGAAAUGGCGGAAGAAUAUUGUAAACAAAGAAAAAGGUGA